GCAUUUGACAGUGACAAUUCAAAAACAAAUUAAGACGAAAACAAUAUUUUCUUUGCACCUAUAUAUUUGUUUUGUACAAAAUUUUUAUAAAAAGCUAGAAAGGAACUUACAAAAUGGUUGGCAUUAAUAUGGAUGGCCCAUCACGAGAACGAGUAAUGAAACUUAUUGAAGAGAAAGAUAGGAUUGAAAGAGAAAUUCAGGAACAAUCAGAUAUCCUUGCAACGAAUAAUGUUGGUAUGCACGAUUCUCUGGUGGAUAGUGAUGGAUAUCCGCGUAACGACAUUGAUGUGUACAAAGUUAGGCACGCCAGACAUCAAAUUAUAUGCUUACAAAAUGAUCACAAGGCAAUCAUGAAGAGGAUAGAAGAGGGUCUUUAUGAAGUGCACUCUGAGUUCCGCGGCUCAAGUAACACUGGUACAUCGCAGCAAGCUACAUCUGCUACAUAUACUAAUGGACAUGCUAUAAACAAUAUUAACAGAACUGUGACUGAAGAUCGGUGUUUCGCUAUUGUUGGAUUUGUCCAUGAUGGCUCUCCUGCAGAUCUUGCGGGUUUAUUACAAAAUGACAAAAUCCUUCAGUUUGGAUCUAUCAAUCAUAGUAACUUCUCCGAUGUAACACAAGUGCACCAGAUUGUAUCACAUUCUGUGGGUCAGAGGAUAGAGGUCAGGGUCAAGAGGGAUCAGAAUGUCAUAUCCCUAUCAGUGGUUCCAAGACCUUGGACGCACCCAGGUCUUCUCGGCUGCCAGAUUAGACGGUAUACAGAGUCAUAAGGAAUACAAUGGAGACUUUCAUUCAUGUACAAUGCAGUUUGUUUCUUGUUAUAUUUAAGUUGAAAAGUUAAUUAAAAGUAAAUGUAAUAACAAAG